CCUGCUCAUAAAUGCUUGACAAGCUCAAGCCCGUCGUCCAGCUCGACUCGGUCAUGGCGAUCAGCAAGACGGUGGGCUGGCUCCGAGAGCAGCUUGAGGCGAGCAGGGACGGCCUGCUGGUCAUGGACUGCCGGGCCCAGGAGCUCUACGAGUCGUCACACGUCGAGACCGCGAUCAACGUGGCCAUACCGAGCCUGAUGCUGCGCCGGCUUAAGAAGGGCAACCUGCCCGUGCGCUCGCUGCUGUCCGACGGGGAGGACCGGGAGAGGUUCGUGCGCCGCUGCAAGACCGACACCAUCGUUCUGUACGACGAGUACAGCCGGGAGUGGAACGAGAACGUGGACGGAGGCUCGGUGUUGGGUCUACUGUUGAGGAAGAUGAAGGAUGAAGGCUACAAGGCCUUUUAUCUGGAGGGAGGCUUCAACAAGUUCCAGUCAGAGCACCCAUCUCUGUGUGAGACCAACUUGGAUGGCUCCCCCAACAGCAGCAGCUCCCCCACCGCCCAGGUUCUGGGCCUGGGCGGCCUGCGCAUCAGCUCCGACUCAUCGGACAUCGAAUCCGACAUCGACCGGGACCCGAGCAGCGCUACCACGGACUCGGACGGCAGCCCGCUGCUGUCCAACCCGCAGCCGUCCUUCCCGGUGGAGAUCCUGCCGCACCUCUACCUGGGCUGCGCCAAGGACUCUACCAACCUGGACGUGCUGGAGGAGUACGGCAUCAAGUACAUCCUCAACGUGACCCCCAACCUGCCCAACCUGUUCGAGAACGCUGGGGAGUUUAAAUACAAGCAGAUCCCCAUCUCGGACCACUGGAGCCAGAACCUGUCGCAGUUCUUCCCGGAGGCCAUCAGCUUUAUUGAUGAAGCUCGAGGUCAGAAGUGCGGGGUCCUAGUGCACUGCUUGGCUGGUAUCAGUCGCUCUGUGACGGUGACUGUGGCCUACCUGAUGCAGAAACUCAACCUGUCCAUGAACGAUGCUUACGACAUUGUCAAGAUGAAAAAGUCCAACAUCUCCCCCAACUUCAACUUCAUGGGCCAGCUCCUGGACUUUGAGCGUACACUGGGCCUGAAGAGUCCAUGUGACAACCGUGUGGCGCCCCCUAGCCAGCAGCUGUACUUCACCACCCCAACCAACCACAACGUCUUCCAGCUGGACCCUCUGCAGUCCACGUGAGACCUGCUCUCAGCAGCCCCCUUCUUGCUGGUGGUUCAGGGAGGCCUCUUGCAGAAAAAGUUGCAAAAGUUUAUUUUUUCCACCAUCUGAUGUGCGACAUGGCUCUUAACGAUACUAAUACAGCUGGUUUUUGGGGCGACAGCUGCUCUGCGUGGUUCCUGGAGGGUCGAGGCAGUCGGGCCAAUUCGCAGCUCUGCUUUCUAAAUGAGGAGGGACAGUAAACCCUACCGACAGAACAGAGUGCAGAAACGUUCUACAAUCAUGUUUCAGUCUCACUCUCCUCUCAGUUUGUUCUCAUUGUGUCUGAGGAAACCUUAAACGGUUCGUUAGACAGCUGUAUUUUGUGCUCCGAAGUUCCUAGGCUGGUGUGCCAAAGAGACACGAUUGUUCAAAUUGGACAGAGAAAUUCUUUUGUAUGUUCGUUUUGGGGUCUUCUGUGAAGACUUGCCUGUGUGUGAUCCAAGCACCCGGCUUUAGAAGGCACACCAUAUACUGGACUAACUUUUACACUCACAAAGUCUUUUCAAAUGUUUCCACUGUACAUUGUGUAAAUAAUCUUCGUAAACGAACAGUCCAAGCCUUGCUGUAGUACACCUACCCUUUGGAAGUGAGUCUGAGGACUCUGUUUCGUACUCUACUUUUAUGUAAGUAUACCACACAUUGAUCCUACAGUUGAUUAUGCCAAAAAUCUCUAGGCUUUCCAAGAAUCGUGCAAAAAUGUGUACACGUGUAUUAUAUAUCGAAUAUUUGCUUUAUGGAAGACUUCAGCCAACCAGCCUUUUUUUUUUUUUUUGCCCUUGCCCUCUCAUAGAUCUGGUUGUUUGCCUUACUUGUGGUCACAGGGUUUCACCUUAUCCUUCAGAGAAGUUCACACUGCUCUUAGAACAAACAUCCCAGCUCAUGUUUUUUUUAGCUCACAAGCAAAAACAGUCUAGUCUGGAUCAAGUUUUUUUGUUUUUAAUCUGAAGGUUAAUGUGGGUAAUCCUGCUCUGAGCUGGAGGAUUAAAACUGGCAUGUGGACAACGCUGGGAGCUCUGCUUGCCACGUCUCUUCAGGGAAAACUCUUUGAAAUGCAGUUAUUAUUUGUUAGAAAUGAGAUGAACUGAAUUCAGAGCUUUGAAGAAUUGUUACUCCCCCACGCCCUGCACAAAACCCUUUUCUAGCGGGAAGCCAUUUAGGUGACCUCUGCUUGCCUCCUCCUCCUCUUACGAAUGUAAAGAAAUAUAAGUUAUUAAUAAAUUGCUAUUUUGUCUACA